UCUUUGUGGGCGUACCUUAGCUUGUCUUCGCUGGGAGGAGAACGAGGAAGUAACAUCGAAUGAGAACACCUGACGACGAGCGGCCGAACAUCAUGGCAGAAGCAGACAUCGCACUGAUCGGUUUGGCCGUCAUGGGCCAAAACCUCAUCUUAAACAUGAAUGAUCACGGCUUCGUGGUCUGUGCCUACAACCGAACCGUGUCCAAGGUGAAGGACUUCCUGCAGAAGGAGGCCAAGGGCACUAAGGUGAUUGGAGCCGAGUCUCUGGAGGACAUGGUGUCCAAACUGAAGAAACCAAGAAGGAUCAUCCUUCUGGUCAAGGCUGGACAGGCCGUGGACGACUUCAUUGACAAACUGGUUCCUCUUCUUGAGGCGGGUGACAUCAUCAUUGAUGGUGGGAACUCUGAAUACAAGGACACGACCCGCCGCUGUAAGAGUCUGCAAGAGAAGAAGCUGCUGUUUGUGGGCAGUGGCGUGAGCGGCGGAGAGGAGGGGGCCCGUUAUGGACCUUCAUUAAUGCCGGGGGGACACAAAGAGUCUUGGCCACACAUAAAAGACAUCUUCCAAAGCAUUGCUGCUAAAGUUGGAACAGGAGAACCUUGCUGUGACUGGGUUGGAGAUGAGGGUGCAGGUCACUUUGUGAAAAUGGUGCAUAACGGCAUCGAGUACGGAGACAUGCAGUUGAUCUGUGAAGCCUAUCACCUGAUGAAGGACGUUUGGUGCAUGGACCAUGAUGAGAUGGCAAAGGUGUUUGAGGACUGGAACAAGACAGAGUUGGAGUCCUUCCUGAUUGAGAUCACUGCCAACAUCCUUAAAUACAGAGACUCUGAUGGUAAUCACCUGCUGCCUAAGAUUCGAGACAGCGCCGGACAGAAGGGCACAGGGAAGUGGACCGCCAUUUCAGCGCUGGAAUACGGCACUCCCGUCACCCUGAUUGGAGAGGCUGUCUUUGCCAGAUGUCUGUCUUCUCUGAAGGACGAGCGGGUGAAAGCCAAAAGCCUGCCAGGGCCACAGAGUAAAUGCAGCAAAGCUGACAUCAAGUCUGAGGACAAGGCUCAGUUCUUGGAGGAUGUCAGAAAGGCCCUCUACGCCUCCAAGAUCAUCUCAUACGCUCAGGGCUUCAUGCUGCUGCAACAGGCCGCCUCAGAGUUUGGCUGGACGCUGAACUACGGCGGAAUCGCUCUGAUGUGGAGAGGAGGCUGCAUCAUCCGAAGUGUCUUCCUGGGUCGGAUUAAAGAUGCAUUCGACAACAAUCCCGAGCUGCAGAAUUUGCUGCUGGAUUCUUUCUUCACUGCGGCCAUGAAGGAUUGUCAGGAGUCGUGGCGCAGAACCAUCAGCAAUGGCGUCCAGCACGGGAUUCCGCUACCCUGUUUCAGCACAGCUCUGUCCUUCUACGACGGCUACAGACACGAAAUGCUGCCAGCAAACCUGAUUCAGGCCCAGAGAGAUUAUUUUGGGGCCCACACAUACGAGCUGCUGUCAAACCCCGGACAUUUCAUCCACACCAACUGGACAGGUCACGGUGGAAAUGUCUCCUCUUCAUCUUAUAACGUUUAGAGAAACGACUCCACUUUGCAGAAGAACACAAAGAUCCAUGUCAGGGCACGACGGGAGGUCACCUGUCAAACAUUCCAUCUCCUAACAAUGUCUAAAUAUUUAAAAGCUCCAUUUUCAGCCUCCUUGUAGCUGUGUCAGUUGUAUUUGUGUUUCAGUGUAACAGCUUGUGUGACUUUCCGUGUGGAGCAGACGCUCUCCACAGGUCACGGUCUUAAUCCUGGAUUACAGUCAACUGUUGCAUUAGGCUAAAUAAAGAUUUCCAUCCCUUUA